GAAGGAGAGGAAAGGAGGGGAAAGAAGAGAAGACAAAAGAUUCAUAAAACUAAGAAGUUUCGGACGACAGCAAAAGUUCUCGUAAAACUUACCUCUUACAAGUUGGAGGAAUGGGCAGCCUUCCAAUGGUCCUGCUCCUCUGCAGUUUCCACGCGCUCACAGCUGUAACCCAAGCACAGCCGGCUGAGAGUCCCGAGGCACCUGUCACCAGCUUGCCACCCAACUGCAGGGAGGAGAUGUACCCCUGCACUAGGAUGUACUCGGUUCACCAGCCCAUGAAGAGAUGUAUUGGCGGCCUCUGCUUCUACAGCCUUCCUCGUGUCUAUGUGAUCAACAAAGAGAUCUGUAUGAGGACAGUGUGCCAGCAGGAUGAGUAUCUGAAAGCGGAACUGUGCAGAGAGCUGUCUGGAUGGCCGAAGCGCCUUCAGCGGUCAACGAAUAAGAAACGCUGCCGCAAUCGCCGUAGCAACCCCAAAACCUGGGCAAACAAGGCCUGAUGGGCCCAAGAUGGCGGUGUGGCUGCCUAUAUGGAUGGAGUCCCUUUGAGACACGAUCCAGGGGUGCCGUCAUGCAAACAGCCCAUAACACCAUAAAUCCACCGGUCAGCACCUGGUGGUCUCUCUUCUGUCUUUAUCUCCCUCACACACUCCACACUUCAUACACACAUACACACACACACACACACAUAUGUUGACACAUAUCUUUAUUCUUGUAUACUGUAAGUCUUUUCUCCUCUUUAAUUAUCUGUGAAUAUUGACGGUGCGCUCAUGUCAUCUGUGUGUUGUUGGACACAGAUCAUGUCUUCUAUGGUUUACGAUCCAUUAAGUGUACUGUAGUAAUAGGCCUAUAGCAGCACUGAUGAAUCAUUUCAUUGUAAAGAGAAAAACCCCACUCUGUUGUGGUCUAUAAGGCACUCAUUGACAAUACAAUAUUAUGUGUAUUAUAUCCAAUAAAAUCUAAUUAAUUGUU